AUGAAAAUCAAGGCGGAGAAUCGUUUGGCCAACGAAAAGGAAUCUGAUGGUAAAGAAACUGAGGAGGAAGUUGGAAGAGAUGAAGAUUUAGCAGAUAGCGAAGAUGAGAUAGAUGAAGAUGUACUUGAAUAUUUAGAAACUUUGGCGGAACAUCAGAAUAAGAAAGAAAGGGCGGACAGUGACGCACAAGCGUUUGAGUCAGGUUCAACAUCGACAUCAGACAGCUUUGAUGAAGAUUCCAUGGAAGCAUAUUUUACCCCUCUUGAUAACGAUGAAACUGCCGACGUUUUCAUUUUUUAUAAGGAAACACUUGAUGCACUGAAGACAAGUAAUGAGAAACUACUACUCUCUAUGACAGCAUGUAAUAAUACGGAGAAACAAGUAAUACUGGACGGAGUGCUGCGGGUGUGUGAACAGCGAAUGUCAUUGGCAAAGAGCAGGAAAGUGGAGCAGCAAGGAGGAUACGCCUUUAAUGUGGAUGCUCCGGUACCAGAUACUUUCAAUUUUGCUGCUAAAAACAGUAACACUUAG